AUGCCGAGAGUCCACACCUCGGAUCGCGUGCAUUUAAACAGCAGGAACUACAUCUACCCGGCCCGCCCUCCAUCAACCGAACAAUGGGGCGCUAUCCCAUCGCGAGUCGCAACUCCCAACGUCUCCGACCGCACUAAAAAGUGGAUUGAACUCAGCGAGCAAAACGCCCCAUUCACGAGCGGCAGCGAGGAGUGGUGUCGAGUCUUCAUCGCCGAAACGAAAUCCUCACCGCCCGUUGCGGUGGCUGCUCUGGUGUUGGAGGCGAAGGCAGCGGGGUAUGUCCACGAAAUCUUACCCGCGCAGACCGAGGACGAUCCAUUCGUUUAUCUGACGUAUCUGAUCACGAAUCGUGAUGCGGGAGCGGAGGAGAGGAAGGGGGGUGGAGAGAAGAUGAUUGAGUUGGCGAGGGAGGAGGGCAGGAAAGCGGGCGUUGGGAGGAUUUGUGUGGAUUGUUGGAGGGGGAAUGGGAGGAAGUUGGUGAGAUACUAUGAGAGUCAAGGCUUCAAGGCGCUGGGUGAUUUUACGGUGCCGAAACCUGGGACGGAGGAGGGAUGGGAGGGGACGGUGUUGGAGAUGAGGUUGUGA